AUGACCACUCAAUCUUCCAAUCCAUAUUCGCUCUCGCUUCCUCUCCCACACAACUCUGGCUCGAACUCCCCUCCAGCUACCCAAAAUACUUCCACAACAAAGUCCUGGCGCAAUAGGUUCAAUUCUUUAGCUCCCAGUAACACAGAUCCUACAUCACAUAAUACAGGAGAACUGACAGAACAUACUGGUCUGCACGCAGCGAAUACAAAUGCGUUUACGAGAAGCGAGCAUAUCCCGAAAUGGUAUAAAGUUAGACUAUUCAGAGGCAUGGUUAACGAUGUGAAGAGGAGAGCACCGUUCUACUGGAGUGACUGGACGGAUGCUUGGGAUUAUAGAGUUGUGCCCGCCACGAUUUAUAUGUAUUUUGCGAAUAUAUUACCCGCACUGGCUUUUUCUUUAGAUAUGUUUACAAAAACGAAUAUGAGUUAUGGAGUCAAUGAAGUACUACUUGCUUCGGUCUUAGGUUCAGUAGUCUUUGCAGUAUUUGCCGCUCAACCGUUGGUUAUUGUAGGAGUUACGGGACCAAUCACGGUUUUCAACUAUACUGUUUACGAUAUCAUUGUCCCUACUGGGGCAAACUAUUUUGCAUUUAUGGCAUUGAUUGGAUUAUGGUCUCUAUUGAUGCAUUGGAUACUCGCCAUUACCAAUUCCUGCAAUGGACUCCGUUAUGUCACUCGUUUCUCUUGCGAUAUUUUUGGAUUUUACGUAGCCUUCAUCUACGUCCAGAAAGGUAUCCAAGUCCUCACUCGUCAAGGAACUGAUGAAUCAUUCUACCUUUCCAUCGUCAUCGCACUACUCGUUACCAUCAUUGCAUUCUUGUGUGGUGUUAUUGGAGACAGUCCAUUAUUCCAACAUUAUGUCCGAAUCUUUAUAAAAGAUUACGGUACACCUCUCACCAUCAUCUUUUUCACUGGCUUUGUACAUAUUGGUAAGAUGAGAGAAGUAGAUUUGAGUACACUACCUACAAGCAGAGCCUUCUUUCCAACAACCGAUAGAGGAUGGUUUGUACAUUUUUGGGAUGUUAGAGUUUCGGAUGUGUUUAUUGCUAUACCAUUUGCUGUUUUACUUACAAUCUUGUUUUAUUUCGAUCAUAAUGUGUCUUCUUUGAUGGCUCAAGGAACAGAAUUCCCCCUCCGCAAGCCUGCCGGGUUUCAUUGGGAUAUCUUCCUCCUUGGCCUAACAACGGGUGUAGCCGGUCUGCUGGGAAUUCCUUUCCCAAAUGGUCUCAUUCCGCAAGCCCCAUUUCACACUGAGUCUCUUUGCGUCACCAAGCUUGUGGCAGAUACCGACGAAUCAGGAGACUCAAAAGGUCAUCUUAAAUCAGUCACAUCCCACGUCGUUGAACAGCGCGUCAGCAAUCUAGCCCAAGGUCUCUUAACCCUAGGGACCAUGACUGGCCCCCUCUUGAUAGUCAUUCAUCUCAUCCCUCAAGGCGUUCUGGCAGGUCUCUUCUUCGUCAUGGGCAUUCAAGCUCUUCUCGGCAACGGCAUAACUUCUAAAAUUAUUUUCCUUCUCAAGGAUUCCUCGCUAACCCCUUCAUCCGAUCCCUUACGACAUCUCCCCCGGAAAUCCGCUAUCUGGAUGUUCGUAGCAAUUCAACUUUUUGGCUUUGGUGCCACAUUUGCUAUCACACAGACAAUUGCGGCAGUGGGUUUCCCAGUCAUUAUUUUGGCACUGAUUCCGGUUAGGAUAUGGGCGCUGCCAAGGUGGUUCACAAAGGAGGAGUUGGGGGUUCUGGAUGCGGCAACGGCGAGCCCGUUUACGAUGAUCAGUGUUGGGGGCAAUCAUGGAGAAGUGAUCGAAGAAGAUGGGCUCUCUGCUAGUGCGGAUGCUGUUGAGGAAGGUAUGUUGGUGGGUGGUACUUCGGAAGAGGAUGGCGGAAAUGGGAAGAGAGUAUUGGAAACGGAUGGAGAUAGUGAUGAGGGACGAGCUGAGCGAGGGGAAUUUCAAGCUAGUGGCCCCGGGACGGGAAUGACGAGGAGACGGGAGAGUUGGAAAGGGGAAGGGAGGAGUGGUGGAUUGGGUGAGGGGAUGGAAUUGCAGAAUCUGGGCAUUAGUAGAAGAAGUGUUAGCAAACAUCCAGAGUAG